ACUCGUUCCCUUUUGCCCUAAUUUUCUCUUUCAACACAUAAAAACCGCUUUUCAUCCCAUUCCGAAAACCCUAACCCUCUCUCUCUCUCUAACCUCUCUACGCAACCUUCAAUCGGCGAUUCAAUCUACACACCGUAAUGGCGUCUUUCGCGGAGGCUCCUGCCGGAAAUCCAACCACCGGUGAGAAGAUCUUCAAGACAAAGUGCGCUCAAUGUCACACCGUCGAGAAAGGCGCUGGUCACAAACAAGGACCCAACCUAAAUGGACUGUUUGGAAGGCAGUCUGGAACCACUGCUGGAUAUUCUUACUCUGCUGGUAACAAGAACAAGGCAGUUAUCUGGGAGGAAAACACUUUGUACGACUACUUGUUGAACCCGAAGAAGUACAUCCCUGGAACAAAGAUGGUUUUCCCAGGACUGAAAAAGCCACAGGAGCGUGCAGAUCUCAUUGCAUACUUGAAGACAUCCACAGCGUAAUUUUUUCAAUUACGUAUUAUAACACCAUUUUGAAGUUCUCUUGGUGAUUCGUGGUAUUAGGAGAUAACUUUGGAUUAUAUUUUGAUAAAUAAGGGGAGGACAUUCAUCAAAUUUUAUUACUCUCAUCAUUUUUUGUUAUUCAAAUGGCAAGAGCCUUUUUGUUCUUCAGACAGAAAUUACUAUGCGUUUGAAGUGAUUUGUUUUACACCCCAUUUAUAUGUUUGUUAAUUAUGCUUGAUGGCUUUCUCUGUUA